AUGGCAAUGACAAACAAUAAAAGAAAAUGUUUUAUAUGUCAUAGAGAAAACAAUACAUAUACUUGUGAAGGAUGUUCAAAAAGAUUUUGCUCUAGACAUAUACCAGAACAUCAACAAAGAUUAAAUGAAGAAUUACAUUAUAUUAUUCACGGUUAUAAUGAAUUUAAAGACAGAAUUAAUGAACAAAAACAAAAUCAACAUAAUCAUUCAUUAAUAAAACAAAUUGAUCAAUGGGAAAUAAGUUCAAUUGAAAAAAUUCAACAGAAAGCAAAAGAGUGUAGAGAAAUUGUCAUUAAAUCCUCAGAAACAUGUAUUGAUGAUAUAGAAAUGAAAUUUAAUGAUUUAUAUGAUCAAAUAAAACAACUUCAUACAGAAAAUAACUUUAAUGAAAUUAAUUUAAAAUAUUUAACAAAUCAGUUAAGAAAAAGUACACAAGAAUUAAAUAAUUUGUCAAACAUGUCUAUUGAACAAGAAUCACAAUCAUUUAUUAAUGAUAUUUCAAUUAUUUUACCAAAAAAACCAACAUUCAACAAAUGGAAACAAAAUGCCAUCACCGUAGCUGGUGGAAAUGGAGAAGGACAAAACUUAAAUCAAUUCAAUUACCCUAAUACAAUUUUUAUUGAUAAAAACAAAAAUAUUUUCAUUGCUGAUUCUUAUAAUCAUCGUAUUGUUGAAUGGAAAUAUAAUGCAGAGGAAGGACAAAUCAUUGCAGGUGGAAAUGGGGAAGGAGACCAAAUCGACCAAUUGAGUUGUCCAACAGAUUUGAUUGUUGAUCAACAAAAUAAUUCCAUCAUCAUUGCUGAUGAAGGAAACAGAAGAGUGAUUCAAUGGAUGAAUCAAAAUCAACAAAUUCUCAUUAAUGAUACUGACUGUUCCCAUUUGGCAAUAGAUAAAAAUGGAUUUCUUUAUGUUUCUCAUAAUGUAGAAAAUGAAGUGAGACGAUGGAAAAUAGGUGAAUAUGACAAUGAAGGAAUUGUGGUGGCAGGUGGAAAUGAAGAAGGAGAUCAAUUCAGUCAGCUCAAUUCUCCAGGUUUUAUCUUUGUUGACGAAAAUCAAUGUGUUUAUAUAUCAGAUCAAAACAAUUAUCGUGUGAUGAAAUGGAGAAAAGAUGCAAAAGAAGGAACAAUUGUAGCUGGAGGAAACGAUGCAGGCGAAAAUCUUAAUCAGUUGUUUCAACCUGAAGGAGUAACUGUUGAUGAUUUGGGUCAGAUCUAUGUGGCAGAUUGUCAAAAUCAUCGAGUAAUGCGUUGGUGUGAAGGAAAAGAAGAAGGUGAAGUUGUAGUUGGUGGAAAUGGUUUAGGAAAUCAAUCAAAUCAAUUGCAUUUUCCCACUGGUUUAUCUUUUGAUGAUGAAGGAAAUCUUUAUGUUACUGACUAUUUUAAUCAACGAAUUUUAAAGUUUGAAAUAAUUUUGUAA